UCUUACGGUGAGCCUUCAUGUGUAUCCAAGUAUUCUAAAGCAACAAUAUCCCUCUAAGUUUCCGUCAGAACUUUCUAUGAAUUCGCUUUGGCGUAGAUCCUGGGCAAGAGCCAAAUGCCUUGUGAAGGAAAGGUCCUGGCUAAGAACAGAUGCUUAAUCCUCUCUCCUGUGCGGAUUGUGUGAGUCUUAGGGUAGCCAAGGAAGAAGCGACAUCAUGUGGACUCUGGCUCCCGUCAUAACUGUGUCCUAUGAAGUCAAGGGUGUAUUUCUCGUCCUUUCAGUCCUGGAGUUUGCAGUGGGGAUUCUGAGCAACACCUUCAUUUUCCUGGUGAAUUUUCGGGAUGUGGUGAGGAGGAAGCCCCUGAGUGACUGUGACCUUGUCCUGCUGAUUCUCAGCCUCACCCGGCUGUUCCUGCAUGGGCUGCUGCUUCUGGACGCCCUCCAGCUCACCCUGUUCCAGCAGAUGAAGGACCCGCUGAGCAGCAGCUACCAAACCAUCAUCAUGCUCUGGAUGAUCGCAAACCAAGCGGGCCUCUGGCUCGCCACCUGCCUCAGUCUCCUCUACUGCUCUAAGAUCGUCCGUUUCUCUCACGGCUUCCUGCUCUGCUUGGCAAGCUGCAUCUCCAGAGGGGCCAUCCGGAUGCUCCUGGGUACUGUCCUUUUGACCUGUGCCUGCACUGUCUUAUGUUGUUGGGACGUUUUUAGUAGAUCUCACAUCGCAGCCACAUAUACGCUAUCCACGAGGAACGACACAGAACACAAUUUGCAAACUGAAAACUUCAAUUUCGUUCAGUCCUUCCUCUUCUGCAGCCUGGGCUCCAUCCCGCCUUUCUCGUGUUUUCUGGUUUCUUCUGGGGUGCUGAUUGUGUCCCUGUGGCGCCACACACGGACCAUGAGGGCCAAGACCACCGACUAUCGCGACCCCAGCCUGGAGGCCCACAUCAAAGCGCUCAAAACCCUCAUCUCCUUUUUCUGUGUCUAUGUGGUGUCCUUUUGCGCUGCCCUCCUCUCCGUGCCGCUCCUGGUGCUGUGGCACAACAAGCUGGGGGUCAUGGUGUGUGUGGGGGUGAUGGCGGCCUGCCCCUCGGGACAUGCAGCCAUCCUGAUCUCAGGCAAUGCCAAGCUGAGGAGAGCUGUGGACGGCAUCUUACUCUGGGUGCAGAGUGGCCUCAAGGUAAGGGCAGACCACAAGGCAGACCCCAGGACACCAGGCCUCUGCUGAGAGUGGACCCGAAGUGGGGGUCUUCACGAAUACAUCUCUGAUGGUUCAGAAGCCUAUUCCAACUCCUUCUGCAAACGAUAACUGAGCAGUCUCUUUGUUCUACGCCAAGGGACUCACCCCUAGAAGAAUAAAAUAAUAGAUCCCUGUAUAUGGUUUAGACAAGUAGAAUGAUAGUAGUUCCCUAGGUUUCUUUUGAGGAAAGAAACAAAAUAGAAAGGCGAGGUACUCAGUAUAAAUGCUUUGUGUGCUAUAGCUUAUCAGCGUUUGGUAUGAGCCAAACCAUGAGACAUCAGGUCUUCUGAAAUAAUAUCUAGUUCCCAGGAUAACACGGCCGGCUUUUCCAGUGACUGCUGAACCUAUUUCUUCAAACAGGUGCUAGCACAAUGUUUGAUCAUGUGUACCACCACGGCAAUUAGAUAAUCCUCCUCAAGCUCCACAGCUUUACGAGAUAUAAAAAACAAACUUAGAAGAACAACGAUGUCAGCAUUAAGAGAUAUCUUCAUUAGAACUUCUGCAGGAAGCAGAGGACAGGGGGCAUUUUGUCUGAAAAGACACUGACUCAGAAAUGCACACUCAACCUGCUGUACGGUGGUGGGCAAGGGGGCAAGACAGGCAGCCCUUUCCUCGGUAGGCACCCUGGACACCAGCGCCUUGUGGGUACCUUCUGGCUCCCCUUGACUGCCCUUGAAGACAGUACUUUGCCUGGUACCAAACACUGAUCAACAAACACAGCUGGGGAACCUGCCGAAAGAGCCUAGCCAAAAGGUAUGUGUGUAGCAAUUCAGCUUCUCUUUCUGCCUGCACAGACACCUAGCCAGAACAGCUUCCCUCAAAUCAGAUCCCAAAAAGCUCAGUAAAGGAAAAGGCGUAGCAGACAUAUGAGGUCUGUCCAGAAAGUAUCCAGCUAUGUACUAUGAAAAAUAGAGGCAUUGAUUG